GUUACCCUUAGGCAUAAGUCCAAAAAUCGACUCUGUUCUAUCGUAUAAUGCAAAAGAUCCCCCUCCAUGUCCCGCAUUGAGAGUCUAACUAACGAGUAUCUUUAGUUGCUUAAACUUUUGCGUUUGGUGGGCAAAAUAUGCUAAUUUAAAGCAUUCUUGGUCUGCAACUCUAAAAACUUCUCAUACAACACCGAGUGAUGUUGUCGAAAGGAAAUUUCCGCAUUAUGCAUUUAGACCUAAUGUUCUCUCGUGAAAAAUACGAAUGCAAUCGAGGAAAUUAUCAACAGUUUGUUAAUACUCACAAGCAGUUCAUAUACAUGUAGUAUGGGAGAAAUAUUCAGCUUAGUAAUAGUUUUUGAGGAUAUAUAACAAUGAUGAUGGACCAUAAUGACACUGUGGAAUCCCGACUUGAGGAAUGGAACGGGCAUAUGGCCCUCGUUUUUAUCCCAGCAACAGCAUUUCUAGCGCUGUGUUUUGUGGUGGGAACUGUGGCUAACCCAACAGUAGUCUUGUUCGUCUUGUUUCGGAUGAAGAGUUCUAGAGACGAUCGCUAUUUUAUUCCAUUUCUUUCCUUUGCUGAUCUCCUAGGAUUGACAUUAAAUUGCUUUGGAGCUUGGCUGCAGUAUUUUCCAUAUGUUCGCGACAACGAAAGUCUGUUCAUUCCUUGUAAAUUGUAUUGGUUUGGCAGCUCAAGCAUCGCGUCUUUUUCAGCAUUUAUUUUGAUUGCUAUCGCUAUUCAAAGAUACCUUAAAAUUUGCAGACCACAUGGGAAACAGAUGGAUCUGAAAAUCAGACGUCUGUAUUUAGCAGUGGCGUUAUGUAUAUCAGCUAUUAUCGCAUUUCCAUUUACAUUAUUUUACGACAUGACACCAAUAGAAAGUCCUGUAUAUAACGUCACUGGGUACAUUUGUUCACGUGGGCAGAGCAAGUGGCUAAACAACGAACCUGUCAUAUACAGCGUUACUAUUGCAUCCCUUGUGUUUAUUAACAUUCUUCUUUUAAUGAUAAUCUAUUGUUCGAUAGGAAAAACUAUUUACAGACAAACGCGUUUAAAGAAUAGACGAAAACUGAGCGCCAAACGCAGAAUGGGAAGAAUUAAUUUCGAAUCAAGUCUCGAUGUGGAUUCGCUAAACGAACGAGAAAACGUGACUUUAAAAAAUUGUCAAGCUGAUGAUAUUUCAGAAUAUUCCGAUUGGACAUUGGACAGACGAGGAAACAAUAAGAAAAGAUUCGUUGGAUCGGAGAUGUCUACUUUGCCAGAAUGUCCCACAGGGAAUUCCUUUGACCUCGACAAAAUGAGAGACGUCCGAGGUAAAACAAAGUCGCUGCAGCAUUAUCGACAUCUCCGAAAAAGGGUCGAUCGGUUUACUUGGAUGUUCCUUAUAAUGACAAUGGUGGCCAUGGUCAGCUAUGUUCCUAGAGCUACUCUACUUAUGUUUGAGUCGCUAGACUCCCGAUUUUGGUUAAGUUUCUCAGACUUUUGGAGAGGUAUUGUGGAGGUAGCUUACCGUCUGCAUGCGCUGCAUCACGCGUGCAAUGCUUUGAUAUACGGGUAUUUUGAUACACGUUUUCGCGCCGAGGUUAAAAAGUUCUGUAGACGGGUGUCUGAAAGAUAAAGGAAGUACCUGCUGUGAUGUAAAGUUACAGUAUAUAAUGAAGGAUUUUGAUUGGACAUGUCUACAUGAAUACAUGCCUCUUAAUCAGACAUUUUAGACGGUGGCUAUAUAUAGCCACAGGCUAUUGCUGCUGGUCUGUGUAAACACACGGGGACCCUAGCGGCGAUUUUUGCAGA